UCCUCUACGGUAGUCCAUACUCACUCUGGUUUGGUUUUGUCUGUCUCACGGCGAGUCGGAAGAUGGCGGAAGCUCCCCUACGGCCCAGCCGGUUUUUCUGUCACCGAUGUUCGGCAGAGAUCAGCCCUCGUCUCCCGGAUUACACUUGCCCGCAGUGUGAGUCUGGCUUCAUUGAAGAGUUACCAGAAGAAAGGAGCGCUGAAAAUGGGUCCACAUCCACAGCUACCAGCAGUGACCAGAACCGGCACCCAUUUGAGAAUGUGGACCAGCACUUGUUUACAUUCCCCCCUGGGUACGGUCAGUUCGCUCUCGGGGUCUUUGACGAGACCUUCGACUUCGGGGCGGGGCUGUCUUCGGAAGACAACAGGGAAACGGAGAACAGGCGGGAACGUGAGCUGGCGUCACGGCAACGGUACGGCGCCAGGCAACCGCGCGGACGGCACGUCCCGCGACGGCAACCAGGGAGACACGAGGGUGUGCCCACGUUAGAGGGAAUAAUUCAGCAGCUAGUCAACGGAAUUAUUGCUCCGACAGCAAUGCCAAAUAUUGGUGUGGGACCCUGGGGCGUGCUGCACUCAAACCCAAUGGACUAUGCAUGGGGUGCCAACGGACUUGAUGCAAUUAUCACACAGUUAUUAAAUCAGUUUGAGAACACUGGCCCUCCGCCAGCAGACAGGGAGAAGAUCAAGAACCUGCCUACAGUGCAGGUCACGCAGGAGCACGUGGGUUCAGGUCUAGAGUGUCCCGUGUGUAAAGAGGACUACAGUGCAGGAGAAAACGUUAGGCAGCUUCCGUGCAAUCACUUGUUUCACAAUGACUGUAUAGUACCAUGGCUGGAACAGCACGACACGUGUCCAGUGUGCAGGAAAAGCUUAAGCGGACAGAACACAGCCACCAAUCCUCCAGGUUUAUCAGGGAUGAACUUCUCCUCUUCCUCCUCCUCCUCCUCAUCCAGCUCGCCCGGCAAUGACAACACCUCCAGCAAUUCAUAAAACAGCACCUCCUCCACCUCCACCUCCGGCCCUUCGAUACGGUGCCUCCUCCAACCCACCUAGGGUAUGAGGAACGCCUGUUUCAUCACCCUCAGGACUCUAUAUGGGGUCUGCGUGCCGUGAAGAAAUAACACAGACAAUGUGAAGUCCAUGCUUUCGUUUUCUCUUUUUUUUAACCAUGUUUCACAAUGAACUGGAAAAUAAGGAACACUCUUAUCCUUCUGCACUGUUUGCGUCUGAAGUGGUCACUUUGUGAGUGGACUUGACCAUGCAGGAGGAAGUAUAUAUAUAAAUAUGAGAGAUGUGGAACUGAGAAGGGCAACUAGAAAAAAGCAGGCUUGCCCUGCAACAGAGCCAUUUUUCCUGUGUUCUCUCACAGAUGGAGGGGCACACAUUUUACUUACAAAAAUAUAUAAUUUUGCUUAAGUCCUCAUUUGGCUGUACGGCUAUUGGCAGCAAAGGGGAAAUGUAUGUGUACAUAUAUUGAUAUUUUUUAGAAAAGUAAGUUGCAGUAUCUGUACAGCCAAAGCACCCAAGAAUAUAUUCUGUGGAGUGAGGGAUAGCUGAGUGUGUGCAUUUGAUUAAAGAUUGAAUUUUACCAUUUCCCCCCCAUAAAGGUUGGAAUUGAUUGUUUCUUUCAGAUGGCUUAGGCUUUUUAGAAUCAAAAACAUUGUUUCGAUGAAUUUUGUGGUGGUAAUUUAGUGAUAUUGAAACGACUGGGUCCAUCGGUUGGGCAAAUGUGGUUCGUAUGUCGCUGAGAUGCCUUUGCUGUUCUCUGUGGAAUGGUUUAUUCUUUUUUGACCAGUUGACAGAAGAACGGUGGAUUAGUGGAACAAUCACAUCUGCCCUGUGCUUUUCAAACAAAAUGGCCCCUGCAUACAUUCCGUGGUCAACCUCUAAUACAAGAAGCAAUGCCAAACUACGAUGUCGGAGUCAUCCCUUUUCAGCUUUCUCUUAAAGCUUUUUUGCGUAUGGAAUCCCAGGGGACGUCUUUCACGAAGCUAAAGAUGUCCGCAUUUCCCACAAGAUCCCACUCACAUUCACACACUCAGCAGUUUCAUACCUUUUCUUACAUAUUCCCUAAAUUUCAGUAUAAUGCAAGUAUUUUUUAACUUAUUCUAAGUUAAUGACGUUUUUGUAAAAAUCAUUAUAAAAAGUAAAAAAGUAAUAAAUUGUAGAUGUUGUAAACAUGAAGAACCAGUUGUGAAAAUAAAAAGGAUUGAGCACCUCCA